AUGAAAAAUAGUAAUGAGAGAUCUAAAUGUUAACUUCCUCGUUUAAAGGAUUACUCAAAAGAAAAAGCUUAGAAAUUGAAAUCCUUUUUCAAAUCUAAUCGUAGCAUUUCAGAAAAAAAAAUAGCUGAAAGUAAAUUCAAAACAAAGAAAUUAUUGAUUGAUAAUUAAAAUUCUAAAGAUCAUAGUCUUAUGGCUUAUUAUAUAAAAAGUAGUGAAAAAUUAACAGAAAUGAGAUAAAUUUUAACAAAUACAUCUGUACAAUCAGAUUAAGGAAUAGUCAAAAAGAAAAAUUUCCCUUUAGGAUUAUUAAAGCAUAGAUUCUCUCCAAUUGAAUAGGGCAAAAAAGAAACUUAAGAGAUUAAUGAUGAUGUUUCAAAAGAAUUAAUGGAAGCUGAAUAAGAAUCAAUUAAAAGUGGAAAUAGCAUUGAGUUUGAUGAGGAUGAAUAUAUAAUGAGCGAUAUAAGUAGUGAAGAUGAACCUAAAAGAUUUAAUGGAAUUGAAUUGUAACAUGAAAUUAAAAAAAUCUUUCAAAAGUUAAGUAACAUAUAUAUUUAUAUAUUAUUUAGAUCAAGAAAUAGAUUAAUCUUAUUUUUAUUUUAUUAAACGAUAAGAAAGAUUGAAAGAUUUAGCAAUAAAUUUUAAUAAAAAAAAUGUGGAUCCAAUUCAUUUUUAUUGUUUAAAUGAUAAUAUAUUUCCAAAGAGAAUUGAUCUAUCAAAUUGUUUAGUCAAUGAAAAAGAGAUGCAUUUUUCUGAUCUUGGUCUUACAGAGAAGUAUUUUCCUUUAAUAAAAAACUUAUUAUAAUCUGUUAAAAGUAAAACUGUAAAGUAAUUAUUUCUAUGUAAUAAUUAAUUGGAUGAUAAAUCAUUACUUUAUUUAAUUGAAGGAUUUCCUCUUUCAUUAAAAGAAAUCAAUUUAGGUAAUAAUGUUCUUGGAAGAAGAGGAGCAUUAAUAUUAUCUAAUCAUAUAUAAAAAUUUACUAAUCUUAAAUCUAUAAAUCUUCAAAAUAAUUUAUUAACAGAUAAAGGUGUAUCUGUUCUAUUAAAUUCUUUUUAAAAAAAUGUUACUUUAUUAAAAUUGAAUUUAUCUGAAAAUCAAAUUACUGAUUCCUGUUCAACAGUAUUUUAUUAAUUCCUAUUACAAAAUAACUAUUUAGAGAUUUUAGUUUUGAAUUGGAAUUAAUUAGGACCUACAGCAGGUACUAUGAUUGCAAAAGGGUUAUAAUAAAAUAGAUCAAUUAAAGUUCUUGAUUUGAGUUAUAAUCAUUUAGGAUAGAAUGAUAGAAGCAAUUUUAUGUAAGCUUUAUGUGAAACUAUUUCUAUUCCCUAGAUCACUUUAGCUCAUUUAGAUAUCUCUUAUAAUUAGUUAAGUGAGAAAUAAUUAAAGUUAUUUAGUGUAGCUUUAUAAAAGAAUAACACACUAUAUGGUUUGCAUAUAGAAGGUAAUAAAUGUUCAGCCAGAGUCAAUCCAUAUGGAUUUAUACAAUUUACUAAUGAUAGUGAAGAGUUUAAAGUAGUUUAAUAAAAGAAAACAGCCAUAGAUGGUGUCAAUUAUAUUCCAUUAUAAGGGGAUAAUCUAUUUGGAAAUGAUUGUUGUUGGAUUUGUUAAGGAUGGAUGGAAUAUAAAUUUUAAUACACUCCUGAGAAUGAUAAUAAUUAAGAUCCCAUUUUUAUUCAUUUAGAUUUUUUAGAGUAAUAUCUGUCAUGACUAUUAGUUAUUAGCCAAUCCCUAUGACAAGUAGUUAUGAAUUAAGAUAAUAAUUGAUAGAAGCUUAAAAGAGAAAGAGUAAUUAUUUCGAUUUGACAACUGGAGAGAUAAUCCAUCAAUUAAAAUAAUUAGUAAACACUGAUAAGAGAAUAACUUUGGCAGCCAUUACUGAAGCUUAUACAGAAGAAACUAGCAAGAAAAGUGAAGAAAUUACAAAAUAAAUGAUACUAGAAUUAAGUAAGUUUUAUUAUACGACAUAUUAAAUGUGUCCUCCAAAAAGAAAGAUCUUGUAUUUCUUCUCAAAUCCUAUUAAAGAAGAAUACUUUAUCGAUCCUAGAGUAAUGAAUAUGCCUGCACCACUAGAUAAUGCUAUUUUAUAAGGUAAAGAUCCUAAACAUGCUGUUCAUAUAUUUUCAGAUGGCACUAAAUUAGCAUUUACAAAAGUCCAAUAAGUAAAUUAUAUUUUUUCAAGACAAGAAUACAUUAUAGAUGAUAAGGAUAAUUAUAAACCAUUAAUAAAGGUAUUUCCUAGAUCUUCCUAAAAAAAGUAUGUUUUAAGAAGGUUUGCAAACUUUUUAGUAAGAAAGUAAGCUCAUCUUAUUACAUGGCAUAAGGAGGAUUCCAUAUUUAGACCAUUUAAUGGGGAUACAGAAGAAUUACUAAAUGAUUGUUUUGAAUUUGAUUGGAAUUGUAGUAAAAUUAGUCGUUUUGUUAAAAGUGAAUAUGAAAAGUUAAAAUUAAAGGAAUAUUUUAGACAACACUAUUAAUUAAUAAAAGAUGUAUAUAAAUUUUAUUCAAGUGUUGGAUAUUAACCACCAAAUUUUGAUGUUUUUUGUAUUCAAUUUCCUUAAUAUAUGAAAUUAUUGAAUAAACUCGCUAUUAUAGAUGGAGAUCUUUUGAAAUCUUAAGAUGUAGAAAUUGACGUAGUUUCUUUAAAAAAUAAUGUUGAUCAAAAAUAUAUUUAUAAUCCAGAAAAGGCUAUAAUUAGAUAUUAAUUUUUAGAGAUGUUUUUUAGAAUAGCUAAUGACAAAUAUGUUAGAACUGAUAUAUACAAGAGUUAUGCUGAUGCUAUUUUUAGAUUACUGAAGGAAUUCAAAGAACAAUAUGAACAUUUUGAUAUGAUACAAGAAUGGAGAACUUAAAGAUUAUGGACAAAAGAAUGUGAUCAUUUAUUAUAAAUUAAGAUGCCUUUUAUAAAAAAGCUAUAUGAUUAUGUAACUGACAUUACUAAUAGAAAAUGGUAUUUUAAAUUAAAAUGGAUAUCAAUUAGAGAAUUCAAAGAAUUUUGUAAACAAUUUAAUCUUCAUGAGUAUUUGUCAGAAAAGCUUUAAGUAAUUAUUUACAACUUUUCAAUGAUGACCUAAAUUGAUGAAUUAACUUUAGAUAGAAAUAUAAGGAUGACUUUUAUUGAAUUUGUUGAGGCUCUUGGUAGAAUUGCUGAAAGAAUCAGUCCUACUCCUAUUUAAGAACAUAUAGAUUCAUACACUUUAUUACAAAGACAAUAAUUACCUUUACAUGUAAAAUUUGAAACUCUACUUACUUAUUUGUAUUAUUAGAUGAAAUCAAGAGAUUAUGAAUAUGAACAAUUUUGUGAUUUAUUUGUCUAUUUUAAACUUGAAUAAUCUCCUAAGAGUAGUUUUCCAAAAAUAGAUAAGAGUAAGAAAUUAGACAAAGACCAUGAUUAUCAUAAUGACUUAACUUCACUUACAAUUUAUAAUGCAGUCUCGUAUUUGAGUAUUUUAGAUGAUUAAUUUAAGAUUAGAAUAAAUAGCCUUAUUUAAAUCCUAAGUAUAAACAAUUCUUAAAGCAAAAUAUCAUUUAGACAUCUCCCAUUCGUCCUUUUUAGCAUAUAUUAUAAAGUGAAAAAAUAAAAAGAGCUAGAUUGUAACCAGAAACAUAUAAUUUUGAAUCAAGAUUAAAUUAGUAAUAAUUCAAGGCUCAAAGUCCAAAUAAAUAGACAACUCUCUCUUAAAAUACAUGA